GCGUGGUGGCCUGUGGUCGCCAGCUGCCAGCAGCAGGCGGCCCACGAGGACGGUGGUCGGUGGAGGAGCGGCAGCCGCAGCGCCUCAGAUGAUGAUGAGUAGUGGCGGAGCGAGGUUCUGCGCGCGGCUCCUCCAUCCCUCCCUCUUACACCGUUUUUAAGUCACAUUUUCGAGGCCUGUGGAUGAAAUUAUUGGCAUGUUACACGAAUAUGAAACGCAGUGUGCUGCUCUGUGCACCGAUAUGUAACUUCCAAGUGCUCGGAGCGAAUUUGGAAGUUGUGAAAGUCUGCCGGAAAAGGCGCUUUUCUGUGCGUUUUGGUUCGCAGUGUUAAAACCACCGCCCCUCCCCCCUUACCACCACCUGGUGCCUCCCCGCUGGAAAGGGGCAGAAAACCACCGCUCACGCCCUGGAAAAUGUGCUUGCGACCCCCGGACCGUGUGAUUCCCUGUGCGUCCCUCUGACCGACGACUAUGAAUCCUGAUUAGCGGCCUUCGGUUCCCAGUGCUCCGAGAGGGUUGGAUCAGAAUGUGUAGUGAGGCGGGUGCCGGCGUGACUUCGUGCCGCCCACACCACCAUGGAGGGCCGCGUGAGGAGGCCCCCGCGUCCACCACCACUACCAGCACUGUGGAGGAGGUGUGGAAUCAAACUCAGCGGUUGAUGGAGGAAUCUGAACAUCUCUUCAGGAUCAUGACCCACGUCUGUUCUCACCCGCGGUCCGGCGGCCCCACCUGUCUGUGUGUCGCCCAGUACUCUCAAGGUUGUUGGCGACGAUGCAGUGUGGACGACGCCGAGGACGACAGACGAGGUGCCCAGCAGCAGCAGCAGCAGCAGCAGCAGCACUCCACGUGUUGUGAGGGGUGCAUGGGCCCCUGCAGGACCCAGCAGAAGGCGAGGGUGCAGCAGCAGCAACAGCAACACCAGCAAUACCAGAGGGAGGAAGAGCCGUGCCGAUGUCGGGGUCCGGGGCCUCGGUGGCGAUGGCGGCGGGGCGGGUGUCAGUGUGGGCAGUGUGAGGACUGUAUCAAUAUGGACACCUGGGGCGGGGCGUGUGUGCCUCCUGCCCACCAGUGCUACUGCCCCGCUCCCUCCACGCCCACGCCGCCCAUCUCCACCACCUCCACCUCAACCCCAACCUACACUACCACACUUAACACCUCCACUACCAAAACCCCCGCCGCCGCCUCCACACCCGCGCGCAGGUGGAGAAGCGGCGGCCUGCCCUCGCCCCCUUCGAUACUCACCGUGCUCCUACUACUAGUCGCCGCCCUAGCCAGGUUCACAGAGGGGUGCUCCUCCCGCUCCACGCCCAAGCCUCGGCCGCCCUCACCCACCAUGCGGCCCAACAUAACAUUCCAAACCUUCGCCUGCCCGCCCGCCUACGCCGCCUGGUACUGCCUCAACGGCGCCACCUGCUUCACCGUCAAGAUUGGGGAGUCCAUCCUCUACAAUUGCGAGUGUGCUGACGGUUACAUGGGCCAGCGGUGUGAAUUCAAGGACCUGGACGGGUCAUACCUCCACACACGGGAGAAGGUGCUGCUGGAGACUGCUUCCAUUGCUGGGGGUGCCACUGUGGCCUGUGUGCUGGUGUUUGUGGUGCUCUUUGCUGUGUAUGUCUUCAUGCAGAAGGACAAGGACAAGCGCUGCAGGGACUUGGACAACGGACGAGACAACGACCAGCAGCCAUUCUCAGGCUACAAACACCCUCGCCCUGAAAUAAUACGAACAAUUACCAACCCUUAUGCCCGCACUUUAGAGGACCUAAGCUAUGUAGAAGUGCAGCCUUCAAAGCCUACUACCAGCCCAGGGGAUAAGAAAGAGGCCAUCAUCUCCUCCAGUGUGCCUGUCAGUGACACCUGCAGCCCCAGCAGUGGCCCCUCAUAGUGACACAGCUGCCUCACUCCCCAUCCCUGCCCUCACACAUCUGUUGCUUUGUGAAUGUCACAUGCAUGACCCGGAGGACAUUAUUUAAGCCUUACUUGCUGCACAGAGUAGUGUGAACUUCUCUUGGUGCUUAAUAAGUACUCAUCCAACUUAGAUGUCUCAUUUUGUUAGCUUAGGAGAGAUUACUGAGUAGCAUGUAUGUGGCUGGCUACUCUGGCCAACCAAAUUGUAGACACACAAAAUUUGUAUGUCCUCUCUAUGUGAGUGGGUGAUAGGCAUUUAGCUAAGUGUGCACAGCCUGUGUUGCUGCUGAUGGUGAAUGUGACACAUACUCAGUUAUCUCAAGAUGCCUGCUGUGCUGUCUUUUAGAUUCAGAGUAAUAUAUAUAUAUAAUAUUUUAGUGUCUACCAUAUAUAUGGUCUGCCUUGUGUACAUAUGGAUAGCAGUGUUCUUCAAGGUGCCUGUCUGCACACAUGCCCUCCAUAAGUAGGCAUAAGGGCUGCUUUAGUUAUCACAAACAUCCACUGUCUCAUGUACUAGGCCAGGCCCUGGUUCAUCCCGCGAUGAAGUAGGUCACCUCGAGUAUACUUCUCUUGUGUCACAACCGUCCAGAUGGUACUUAUGUAAUUUAAUUUAUAUGUAGAAUCCAAAGAUUAACAGCAUUCAUUUAUGUAGCCUUUUAUGCUUGUAUGUAAAGGUUUAGGUGCACAGUUUAUUUUCUUAUAUGUGUUUCUCAUUUUCUUUACAUGCUGUGCUUUGAUAUUGUAUCACUGUACAUUCCCAGCUUAACAGUUACCCUUAUGUAAGGGUCUGGCAGGCCUUUAGCCACCUAUUCCAGACAAUUCCAUUAGGUCCGUUCCAGUGCUGUGGACUUCAGUAGUGGUCGUUGUUUUCAGGACAUCUGCAGACUUACACUGAAAUAAGGUUUGAGUUUUGCUUUAGAAUCAGUGUGACAGUAUAGUGUGUUGUUGUGGCCAGAGUGACCAUUAUAUGAAAGAGUUGACUGCACCUACUGUAGUCUCCAAUGCCACAGUCAAGUUCUUCAGGAUCAUUUUAAUGAUACUUUUCAGGGUGAGCCUUGUCUCCUCUGUUCUCAGUUAGUCCUUUCAGUUCUUUUCUUCUUUUUUCAUGAUUGUUGUUGAUAGAGCAAGAAUGCUCUAGACCCAGAGCAUUAUAUAGACUCCCUGACAUGGGGCAGUGUAAGUGUGUUUUGUUAUUUAUCUGUGUUUGUGUUUAGCACUGCCAGCCAGCCAGCCAGCCAGCCAGCCAGCAUUAUACUAUUACUUUGUAUUAUGGAUUUCCAGUUUUAGGGUAGGAAGACAGUGUACAUAUUGUAAAGAACCCAAACAGAACUGGGGGUGAGGUUGCCAGAGUUGCUGUGUGAUGAUCUUGAUGUUGCUUCAUGUUUCCACUUGAUUAUUGCAUUUAGCUCCCCUUCCUCAUUUUCCUGAGUAACUCUGGUAACUUUUCCUGGAGGAGCUAUAUACUGCUUAGUUUGUAACAUUUGUAUAUAAAACUAGCAAAUUAUUUGCUUACUGCUGUUCAGCUUUUUGUGUAAGAUUCCUUGAUUUUUUUGUAACUUUUGAUUAUUCCUGAUAGAAUAUCGAUUAUUGCAAAACAUUAUAUAUUGUAAGGUCAGAUUUCCAAGUGAAGGAGUCACUCUGAGCACUGCUACCACAUUAAUAUACCUCGCAAGUUGUUCUGGGUAUGAAGAUGUUUUUAUUAUCUUGUAGUUAUUUGUCUUUAUCACGGAUGGACUAUUUCACAAUAAUUGCUUUUGUUGUUCUGUUUCACCACUUGGCACUGUUCUUGCUUAUUGGUGCUCACAAGCUGCUGGCAUUCAUUUUAUUGGAUGGAAAGUUACAAUAUUUAGAGGCUGUUUCCCUUCAUACUGAGAACAAUUUAAUUAGUAGCAAUGCUCAAGGUGAUGACAAUUCUUUGGAUCAAUAGUGUCAAGAUUCCCUGGAACUGCAUAUCAAAUUCUUUAGCAGUUAGUUACUGCAGUUGUGAAUGGGCAUAACACAGCUUGUGAAGGUUCCUAUCGUGGUGUAAUUGUAAUUUUUUAGGGGUAUUUCCUAAGGCAACUUGUGCUCAGUAUGUCACAAAGGUGGUCUACUUACAAAAGUUGUUCCUCUGAGGAAUAGUGUUAGUAGCAUUUAGCAACCCACCACGUUUAUGUGCUUGUCAGUCAGUGUAAAGCUUCAGUAUUUUCUUGCCUCUCCCCUGAUCAUGAAUAUACCUGGCUUCCAUGUUGACCCCCAGAGGAAUACUAGUACUUAGUUGUCACCCUUGUGUGGAGGCGUUGUUGUCGACACUCUGCAGUGUUGUGAGGUGUGUUGUGUCCAAAGAGUCAGUCCCAGUAAGCACCCUUGCAUUGUUUGCAUCUUUAGAGCCUUUUGUUUGUAGCAAGCUAGAUGGAGCAACAUGAGAAAAAAAAACUGAGCCACAAAAUAGUAUUUAACAUUCAGUAAAUGCAGAAUCCACAUUGAAGGGAUAGGGGCCUUUGGUGUUUCUCUUGCCUCACUACCUCUGAUAUGCCUUGCUAGUCCACAAAAAGCAGCUUUAACAUCAUAUGCAGAUACUCAGUCCUGUACAUUGUGCAGGGUUUGCACUUUAGUUGUCACUACACCAGUUUACAGUAUUUUCCCCAUAGGGCCAGGAAACCAUUUAGGAAGCUAUAAAUGCAAGUUGCAUAAUUUUAGGUAACCAUAAAUAUUAUAUUUUCUUGCUUCCCUGUACCUUUACUCUGAGGCUAUUUGGUAACUUAUAUUUGAUGUGGAUUUUUUAAGAAAAGUGUAAGUUUCCUAGAUGUAUUAAGUAAUUGUACUUUUUUUUAAUCCAGAUUGUGGAUUUUCCAAAAAUGUUGAGGUGUACUUCUCAAAUACACUGAGUAAGAGUUGUACAUCUCCACCUUGACCACUUGUGUAGUGCUGUAGUUCAGACUAUUAUUCACAGUACCCUAGGUUACUGUCUUUGUGAAUGUGAAUGAUGAAAAAUGAAAUCUAAAUUUAUCAGGCUUAGACAAAAUUCCUUGUUCUGAAAAGAGGCAAAACAAAGCAUCUUGUGAGCAUUUCCAAAGAUAGAGUGGAUGUUGCCUCACAUACACACACACAUCCUUAAAGGAAGCAAGUAAUGUUGAUGUGCUUCUAUCCACUACCAGUAGACUAAAGUGCACCUCUGGAUUCUGUUUCCUCUUGUCUCAGUAAAACCUUAGAGUGCAUUAACACGUGUCUGGCUACGGAGAGGCACCAAGCUAGCGGGUUGUAUUACUGAAUUAGAAAAUAAUCGGUGAAUGUAGAUUAAUGUGUCAUAUAAGCAGUCUUGUGUUUUAUUAUUAUUUUUUAUGUAAAAACAAGAAUCCCUCACAUUUUUUGAAGAUUAAAAAUAAUGUUUUGAUUCCAGUUGAUUGUAGCUUUAUUAACAAAAGGGACUUGGAAAUGAAUGAUAGCAGCUGAUUGUCUGUACAGGAAAAUGAAACAAUAUUGUUAUCUAGUGUAUUUUAUUUUAUCAAGUUACUGUCCAUAGAUGAAAUAAAGAAUUUGUUACAGCAGG